AUGAGAAUUCCAUCAGGAUGCUCCAGAUUAGAGACUGCAACCAUUGUGGAUAAAGUAAAGGGGUUGAUUUUUGGUGCUAUUUUGGGUGAUAGUCUCGGGUUAGCAACCGAAGGAUUAUCUCGGUCAGAAGUUCGAGUAAUCUAUGGUAAUGGGCCCAUACGCUUUGGUAUGGACGAGGAUGGUGUCCCAUUUCAUCGAGAUGAGUACAGAUCAAAGUUCGAAGAAAAUGAUUUUGGAGACGACGCAGAGCAAGUGUUGCUAGUCAUGGAAUCUCUUUUCGAGAAUGGAGGUCAUUUUCUACCAAAGGAUUUCGCUUCAAGAUUACUCAGUUACGGCGAGCAUGGCAUCAAAAAUUUACACAAAUUACCAACUGGAAUGAAUGCAACCAACCAAGCUGUUUUAGCCAACCCAACCUAUAAAACGAGUCCUCAAAAAGCUGCCAUUGAAGUCUGGAAAACGAAGAACAAUCUGAGAGGUGCUAAUGGUGCAUUAGUUAGAGCCCCACUAUUAGGAGCACUCAAAUUUUGGGAUGGUACAACUGUUAUUGAAAACACUACAGAGUGCUGUCGUGUUACCCAUCCUGAUCCACGUUGUAUGAUAUCAUGUGUUAUAGCGUCGACUCUCAUCGCUAGGUUGCUGCGAGGCCAAGAUUUAGAGAUAGAAAUCAGUCAUUCCCCAACACCCAGCCUUGAUCAGCAACAUCAAUCGCCUUUCAAUUACUUUAUCGAUACACUCCCUCUCAAUGAUCGACUGCAAGCCCUAGUGCGAAACGUAGUGGAAACCAAUAAAUCCAUGCUCAUAGCGCCUCAGACAGAUCCAUUGUUCAUCACACCAGAAACAGAUAUGAAUCAAAUGCAGAAAUACUACCAUCAGCUUGUGGAUUAUUGUGUUCCUAGUUCAUUAAGCGAUCUUGCACUUGACGAUAGUGCUGAUUGUCGGGAUACAUUCAAAUGUCUAAGCGCCGCCCUGUACUGUUUGACAAGAGAAGUACCUCUGCAAUCUGAAACUGAAUACUUUAAGAAGAUGUUGAUGGAUGUUGUGAUGCAAGGUGGUGAAGCGGAUACAAAUGCUACGACUGCUGGUGCCAUGUUGGGCGCCAGAUUUGGAUACAGCCAAUUGCCUACUGAGUGGGUGGUUGGAAUGAAACGUUGGGAAUGGUUGGAAGAUAAAGUGGACGAAUUCUGCUCUUUACUCAAUUGA